GCUCUACACUGCCUGGUUUCACAUGCGAGAUACCGAAGGCUCAUGUGGGGAACCAUAUAGACCCGCAUUUCGACAUUAAUAAGAGUUCCACUGCUAAGUGGUUGUCUUGUGACGAUUGUCCUGCGACGUUCAGAACGCAAUGUCGAGAAGAUAAAUGCUA